CAUACCAGCCACCCAGCACCUGUUUUGUCUUGAGGCACCCCCCACAGGUUUGUGGUGGCAUUGCUCUAUUAAUCCUGGCUGCUAUUGAUUUUAGUCACAGGUAUGCUAUUGGAUACCACUGGUGUCGUGGAAAUCACUGAAAAGUACUGCUAUUAAGUGAACCGGUUCCGUCCCACGAGACGAGCGUGAUUUGUAGAAAUAUGGAUACACAAUUUGUGUGGGAACUAUCAGGAGAAUAAACCAACCGGCUCCUUAUAGCAGAACUGAACGUAAUUCAACUGGCAUUAUUGAUUCUACAAUUGAAAUGCUAAGUGUUCUUUUUUUUUCUCUCUGUUGUUAUACUAUCUUUUUGUGCCACAGAGAUCUGUGUCAGUAGGUUAUUGGUAUUGGUACUAAAUAUUGUUAUGAAGUAAAAACAUCACUUGAUGGCAAGCGAACACAGGGGGAUGUUUAUUGCAGUGUCAAGAAGAUACCCAGGAAAAAGACCUACCUCAAGUGUAUGACAACAGUGUUUGGCUUUGAUCUGGGGCAAAUGAAGGAUAAUGUCAGAAGUGAAUGUUGCGAGAGGAAUUCCCAGAAUACCUGGCUACUGUCAGCAGAACUGGGCAUGUUCAAUCCAGGUGCAAUACGUGUGCUCCUGAUUAUACAGUGCGUACCGGAAUGAAGAAUAUACACUCCUUGCGUCUCACAAUUUUAAUCGAAUCUGGCAGUGCCACUUGUUAGGUGCUUAUAACAGGUUUCAGUUUUCCGCCACUGGUAAAAAUGUGUGGAUUUUUUUUUUUUAUGUGAGUGUUUGUAAGACAAAAAAAACAACCCAAGAAGUAAAUAACAAAUACUGGUACAUUAAAACUCCAUCAUGUUGUAUAGUCAAACUUUAUUUAUACCAAAUGCCAAGCAUUAUGUUGUUUUAAACCAUCAUCAAUGUUAGAAGUCUGGAGUGACCAAAUUGGAUUAUUCGAUAAAUCCUGAGGAUUUUUAUUUUAUUUUAACUUUUUUCAGUUGUCAUACCUGUUUGUAAUAGGUGAGUACUGAUUCUUUAUGGAACAUCAGCCAUGUUUUUAAAGGAUAUACUUUACAAAUCUGUGCUCUAAUCACUAGCUAUAACGGGAAUAAAAUUUCCAAGAUGUCUCUGAAAAAAGUUGUCAUUUGUGAGGACCCUAAAAUACAAAAUGCAAGAGAAGCGCGGAGUCGUUCGCGGGGCCGAUUCCGGUCGCGGCGGUCCAAGAGUCAGAUUGUGUUCCCCACCCAGGAGGAGUGCCAGGAAAAGACGAUGAAGCGUGACCGAAGUCUGAUCAAUCUCAUGAGAACAGGGUCAAGGACGUCAGUGCGAAACCUUGUCCGACUCUUUGAGAUGAAAGUGAUGUCCGAAGGCCGGAAGAGCCAGAUCGUGCUUCUGGAUGAACGUAGGCUGGACAUCAUCAUUCAGCCGAAGCUGUACACCAAUGAGCUGAUGGACCUAGUGGCGUCUCACUUCAAACUCAAAGAAAAGCAAUACUUCGGUAUAGCAUUCAUCGAUGAGACUGGUCAUUACAACUGGUUGAAUCUUGACAAGCGAGUCCUAGACCACGAUCUUCCAAAGAGAGUUGGCACCAAUCUACUAAUUCUACACUUUUCUGUCAGGUUUUUUAUAGAAACAAUUGGACUAUUAAGGGAUACCUCAACUGUAGAACUUUUUUACUUGAAUGCAAGACAAGCAAUAUUUAGGGGUCAGAUUGAGUGUGACAGUGAGACCAUCUUUGAAUUAGCAGCCCACGUUUUACAGGAAUACCAUGGGGACUACAUCAGCCAGGAAGAUACCAGGCUACAGCUGAAGAAACUACCUGUUAUCCCCACCAGUUGUCUUCAGGAACACCCCUCGAUAGCAUUCUGUGAGGAUAGAGUUAUACAUCAUUACCAGAAGUUACUUGGAACAUCACGAGGACUUGCUAUUGUAAAUUAUAUGAACAUAAUUGAAAGAGUUCCAACAUAUGGAAUACAUUACUAUGAAGUGAAGGACAAGAAAGACAUCCCGUGGUGGCUGGGUAUUAGCACAAAAGGAAUCGCAGUGUUCGAUAAGAACGAUAAGACAUCGCCAAGAAAACUAUUUACGUGGAAACAGUUAGAAAACCUGUAUUACAGAGACAGAAAGUUUUCUAUUGAAGUGCAUGACCCAAAACGCAUUGUGCACACGCUGAGUAGCUUCAACCUGUACGAAGAUGCAAUUCGUGAACCGCUAUCAGACUUUGACGACCUGUCUGACGCUAUUUCUGACCCGACCACUCAAGUAUCUGUGAGUAGACGAACCUUUGGACCGAGUAGCGUCAAUGUCCACGCAUGGCUAGCGUCGACCAAUCAGCUGACAAAAUGUAUCUGGUCCAUGGCAGUUGCCCAGCACCAGUUUUACCUGGAGAGGAAGCAAAGCAAGAGCCUCCUUCCGAGUGCGCGGUCUAUGAGCGAGAUCGCCGCUGAGCUGUGUCGAAGCACCACAUCACUACCUGGGUCCACGGGCUCGGAUCUCAGUCGCAGCGCCAGUUCACAGAGUCUUCCCAGUCUGACCACCUCCAGAUUCGACUUGAACAUAGAGCAGUCGGACUCAGUGAAGGCCCAGCGCGAGAUGUUUGAGGCUCUGAAGGCCCGCAAAGAGGCCUUGGAAGAGGCCUUGAGGAAAAAGACUGAAGAACUUAAAUUACUGUGCUUUCAGGAAGGGGAAUUGACCGGUGAAUUGCCUCCAGACACCCCCCUGGCUCCUGGAGAGAAAACCCCAACGUUCCGGAGGAGAAUAGGGACCUCGUUUUCACUGUCUGCCAGGGUGGUCGACACAAGUGAUCAGAAUGAAGACCAGCUGGCGAAGAUGGAGCUGGAGUACGAACUCCAGAGUAAAAUCACCAGCGCCGCUCACCGCCUCGCCCAGGACAAGUCUGUGUCCAAGUCCGUGCGCAAACAGCGGAGGCAGUCUUAUAAUAAGGCUGUUCUCAAGCUGAAGGACAUGGAAAAGAAACUGACUGACCUGCGGAAGUACGCCGGACGGAUGGGACUGCGGACGCCCGCGCCCACUUACGAUGACCCUUGCGACUCCCUCACCGAGGAUAGUGUCAGUCAGACGGACGAAAGUGAUGGUGAGGUUACGUCUCCUCUACAGUCUCCAGCCAUACACCGCAUACAGCGGGAAGAACACCAUCACCCACAGCAUCAGGUAAACAUGUCUGACCGUCCACCGCUGUCCACUCAAUCAUUCCAGCAUCACCGAAACCAGUCUCCAUCUACAGACUCCCACCCACCCAGUAACACUGUUACUCUUAGUCCUAGUCAUAGCAGUCCCCAGCUGUCUGGCGGUUACCUGCCGAGCUACGCCCUCGCCACCCGCACCCAGUACCGCAGUCAGAUGUACCCCACUUUUACCAGCCGCAGUCAUUCCUCUUCCAGCAACCAGUCUGAGUACGACAACAUGCGCACGGGGGGCCGUCUCGAGGGCAGCCAGGACAGCGGCUUCUCAUCGGCCAACAACAUGUACAACAUCACCACCCAGCGCACGUCGCACUACGACAGCGCCGAUCAAAUCAGGACUUCCAAUUCUAGUGUGAACGGGCCGAACGAAAACGUGUUCCACAACGACAGUUUGAACCUGCCGUCGAAGCACGGCAGUCUGGAGAGGGCCCACAGGAAACAGUGUGUGCAGAAGUACAAUAGUCUUGAGCGCAAUGCGAAGGGCGAUUAUUAUUCGAAGGAGGAGUGCAAGGUUCAGGAGCUGAAGCCGUCGCGGUUUGGGAGCAAGCGACAGUCGGAAACGGAGUACGAAGUGGAGAAGCCAUGUUCUUCUCCUCCUCAUAUGGUGGAGGUGCCGGUCCACCACGAACGAAACCAGCACGCUGACAGGACAGUGGUGUACGGCGGGCACAACCAGCACUAUGGGGGGAGUGUAAGUAUGGAACCGUCCCCCGUGGUCCAGAGCCCCAAUCAGGAACGGGUCGAGGCCACCGGGCGGUCGAACAGUCCACAGUUUUACAGUCCGCGGGGCUACGAGGGCUCCUACAGUUGGACGGAGCGGUCGGUGAGGUCACCCACGGGUUACGAACACAAUGUGAAUGUUCAGCGGGUGGAGUCUCCUUCUUCCACCACGCCACCCACACCACAGGCCAGCACUCUCGUGACUGUUACCAGGCUCCAGCCACACAUGGAGAUGACGAAACCGUACGAAAUAGCCGAUUUUUACAAGUACAGUGAACGUUUGCGUAAGCAGCGACUGAUAGACCGGUACCAGAAGCAGUUGUUGGGCACAGACAGACUGUCACGGUGUAGCACGCCGUCGCAGCACUCGUCGGACAAUGAGUCUUCCCACUCGGGCUCGACCACGUAUCAAGGUGUACCUCAUUCUCCGCAGUACCCCACGUAUGGCUUACCUCACUCCCCGCUCUAUGGCUCACCGCAGAGUCCGGUGUACGGCUCGCCUCAGUCUCCCUCGUACGGCCUGCCUCAGCCGGGCUACUCACAACCUCUCUCACCUCAAGGCAGCCGCGAGGAGACUAGCUCGUAUCAUUCAAUGAAGAGCCACGGACCCGGCAUGCAGUAUUCUGUGCAAUCGGUGUCGUCAUACAAAACUCAGCAUAUUCAGAGUGCCGCACGCCACACCACCUAUCAGCCGCUACAACGAAUGACCUGUGAACCUCUCAAGCCCGUGUCGCGACCGUCAGACUCUGGUUACAGAGGGCCAAGGUGUUACCAUAGUUGAGUAAAGCUCUGAUCGGACAAGUCUCGAGUCCAUCCCUGACAUUAUACGUUGUUAAAAACCAGUACAUUAAUUAGUUUAUCAGUAUAUUAAAUUACUACUAACUCUACUACAGUGAUUUGAAUUGAUUCAACUGAUAUCAUGAUUUCUUUGUCAAAUCAUUUUCCAGUUCUACACUCAAAAUAGCAGGAUUUUAAUUGAUCUGUCUGAAAAAGAAUUCUAAUUUUUUUUUUUUUUUUUUUUAAAUAUAUAUUUACAAACAAUACAUUACAAUAUUAUGAACAUGUUUAGCAAACAGGCACAUGCCUACUUUAAUGCCUAUUUCUUUCUACAGUUGUCUGCUUACUUGUCAGAUGUUUAAACUUCUUAUUUUGACUUCCAGUUUUCUUCGUUUGUGAAGGUGUGUAAUAUAUGAUGCCAACAAACCAAACUGUGUCUCUUUUUACACCAAACAAUUCCUAUGCAUUUUCGUCUCAUAACCCAACCAAAUUAACAAUGUUUGGAAAGAGAAAACAGGUAUCAACUUUUGUACAUUUCUGCCUUAAAAAUUGUAUAAAAUUAAUAUUUUAUCAGUCAUUUUCAGGCAUCCACAAAUUAAAAAUGUGCAUAGCAGUAAAACUGAAAUAAAUUUGCAUAACCUAUUUUGGUCUGUAAUACCUUUCUUAAAAUUCUUAUUAUUUAAAAACAAAAGAAAUUCAUUUUGUUAGAGCUUGCCAUUCAGAAUCAGUAAAUUUUAUACAAACGGUAAAUCAGUUAUGUAACUUAUAAUUGCGUUACUAAUGCAAGAAUGAAAUUACUUUUCCUGCAAUUUAUGGAGGUCUGUUUUUUAUUCUAUAAAUGGUGGUGCUAUCAGGAUAAAUUGGAGUACCAGCUAAAUUAUAGGUUAUUAGGUCUCGCACCUUUCUGGAAUUUAACUGAACCAUUUAUAUAUUACAUCCCCACCAAUAGUAUACUAGUUUCUACCUUCUAAGCUUUUGCCCAGUAUUUUGUCUAGACAGAACCUUGAUUUAAGUGUGUUCCAAGUGAAAGUCUCAUUUUCCCAUUCAUCAUAUGUUGUCAUUGAAAUUCAUUAAACAUUAUUUUAACAGAUCUUGAAGCAGAAAAAAAAAAAGUAUUAUAAUUUAUUUCCUUUCCAACUAAUGGUAUGACAUAUUCAUAUUGCUUUUAUUUAUUAUAACCAGAUAAUAGUGAUAUGGAAUGGAAAGUGUAGGUUUAUUCUUAUGUCUGUCAGUAAUGCAUAUGGAAACUGUUGAAUUACAAGGUAUAGUUGAGCAACACAUGCUGUUUAAAUAGUACUGGUAUGUAAUAUUUGGCCAGUAUUUUGUAUAGACUUGUCUUAUUAAGAUGCUGAUAGUCAUUAGUUGUUAACAAGCUAUACUAAGAAACAAAAUGCCAGACAAGGCUCUCUUUUUUUUCAAGAUAAAUGUUUCCACCAAAACCACAUUUUCUAUAUUUAUGUAUUGUGUAUGAUAUAUUUACAAUAAAAUACAAUUUUACUUUACAAGACUUAUUACCGGUACAAUAAAAUAUAUACCCAAAAAAUAGGGUUAUUUUUCAGUAUUUAUUACAAUAAAGAAGUGACCAUAAAUAUGUACAUGUACUGCUUUGCUGGAUUUUAUAAACCUUUUAUUACUUCAAGUUUCUCUAAGUCAUUUUAUUUACAAUUUUAAUUUCAGUAAAAUUCUGUUUGUUUAAAUUAUGUAUAAAAAAAAAAAAAAAAUCUUUUCUGGAACAAGAAAAAUAAUGUAAAAAUUGAAGAGUUCUUUGUUAAAUUAUUGUAAAACGUGAAGAAGUUCAAAUGAAGUCUUGUUUCAACUGAUGUCAUUCAACAAACAGCUGCUUAAAAAAACUAAAAGUGAUGUAGAGUCACUGAAUUCAUAUAAUGUCACUGAUACACCUAUGGAAGCACUAUAAAUAAAAACAUAAUUAUAAAAUGGCCACAGGAGAGAAGUUUCCAUAAUGACAUGCAAUUAAUAUAAUCUCAAUCUCAUUAACUGGCUAAUUGACAUAAUGUGUCUCAUCCUACUUACCUAACCUUGUGCUAUUUUGAAAAUAUUCAUAUUCUUUCACACAAAUAGCAACAUUUAUGGCAGUUAUGUUGGCUUUUGUUAGAAAAUUGAAUUAAGACAUUUGUCUGGUUACCAUGGCAGCCUUGAUAUAAUGUGUUUAAUGAUUAUAUAUCAUGGGCCAAAAUAAGUUAAUAAAACUGAAAAGAUUUUCAGGAUGAUUUUAAUGGAUGCUGGAAUAAAUGGGCAUGAAAUAGUUUCCCAUUACCUUCAAGUAAUCUGCCCAACAGAUUUACUUAUGGACCAAUGGACAAGGCUAAUGCUUCCAUGAAGAAUUUCUUUUUUCAUUGAUGUCAUAUGCAAUAAAAUGUGUAUAUACUUUACAUGUCAGAACC